CCAUCUUGAAUUCCCCUCCACACACAAAAUUUGGACAGGGAGAAAAAUCCAGCCACGAACUAACAAACAGGAAGGUAUCUUGCCAUCAAGUCAACAUGGCGACCACCCAGGCAGUUCAGGUGUUCGGCAAGAAGAAGAAUGCAACAGCCGUCGCGCGCUGUGUGCAGGGCAAGGGCCUGAUCAAGGUCAAUGGCAAGCCGCUCAAGCUGUUUGCCCCAGAGAUCCUCCGGGCGAAGCUGUACGAGCCUGUCCUGAUUCUCGGCACGGAUAAGUUCGCCGAGGUCGAUAUUCGCAUCCGGGUCGCUGGUGGUGGUCACACUUCCCAGGUCUAUGCGGUGCGCCAGGCGAUUGCGAAGGCUAUUAUCGCCUAUUACGCCAAGUACAUCGAUGAGCACUCCAAGAACCUUCUCAAGACCGCCCUUAUCCAGUUCGACCGCAGCUUGCUAGUCGCCGAUCCUCGGCGUUGCGAACCCAAGAAGUUCGGUGGAAAGGGUGCUCGUGCGAGAUUCCAGAAGUCCUACCGUUGA